CCCUAAAACUUCGUUCAAAAAAAAUCCCCAAAUACAAUUAAUAUAUCUAAGACGUUGCCACAAGUUUAUGCUACAACGGCUGUAGCAACAACUUAACGAAUAAUUUUGACAAUCGUACUAAGACGACUUCCGAUAGAAUUUCGUUAGCAUACCUUCUUGUUCACUUGCAACCGUUGUACUGACUUCAGCUGUUCCAUCUCAUCAUUUGGUCCUUUCGAACCGGAUAGCUACGUAUAUUUGGAGACAUUUGCUCUUGGGAGACACUCACUGGGAUUUCCUACUCCAAUCCAAAUCUCUACACUACUCAUCAUCUCAACAGUUCAUUAUGCGCAAUAACGGAAAGAAAAAUAAACAAGAUAAGUUCAAAGGAAAUCGACAGUUUAUGUGCAGAAUCUGCCGCCAUCCACAUGCUCUAAGAAAAUGCCGACGUUUCCUUGGCCUUAAUAUAACGCAAAGAAGAGACAUCGUGAAGAAAUAUGGUUAUUGUGAAAAUUGUUUGGCUCACAGCCACUCAGAUGGGGCCUGCUUCACGAAGACCGGUUGCAGGAUUUGCCAUAAAAACCACCACACUCUUCUUCAUGCUCAUCCUAGAAUUCAGGCCAGAAAACCUUUGCCAGAUACGCCUACUACAAAGCCGUCCACAUCUAAGAUGGCUUGCGACACGCAGGCAAAAGGCACCUCGCAAUCCUCCACAUCUACCAAUGAGACAUCUUUGACAACCAUACUCAAACAAGAUGCUAUUACGCUGCUACCAACCAUCAUUGCCAAGGUCGAUACGAAAAACGGAAGAAGCAUUGUGAGAUGUUUAUUGGAUUCUGGUGCAAGAACAAGCUGUAUCUCUUCAAAAACUGUAGAUAAGCUUAAUUUGAUGACACUAGCACUAGAUGAAGAAACCAUUUGUCCAAUAACGUUGUUAUCCAUUCACGACGAAAAUGUGAGCAUCAAAACAGUCCUCAAAAUGACCAAUAGAGUGACCAUAUCCACCCCAAGUAACUCCAUAUCCAAAUCCAUAAGACAGAAAUUCCAUAACUUCAUAUUGGCUGAUGUUGAAUUCUUCAAACCAGCUCCAAUAGACAUCAUAUUCGGUGUCGACAUAUACGCCAAAAUAUUAAGCGAAGGAAUUCUUUGUCGGUCGGGACUCCCAACGGCACAGAAUACCAUCUUUGGGUGGUCUAUCUAUGGUCUUUGCUCCAAAUAAUUUCCUAUGAAUUUCUAUCCGAUACGCCAAUUUAUCCAAAUAUUACACAUUUUUCGCACUAUCAUUGGAAGU